AUAACACUCCGUACAGGCAACAUAUGUUGCAGCGCAUCAAGCUUGUCUCGCGGCAACCUGUUAGGUGCAGCCUCAGACAUAUCUCUAGGCCUCGAUUGCGCGUGGAGGCGCUUGCACGUGCAGCCAUGAAGCCAUCUCCCUGUAGGAAUCUGCACUGGGUGUUCAAGGUUGGUGACCGCACCGCCACAACCCGCUUCCUCCAAGAAGUGCUGCUUAUGGAGCCCCUACGUCACGAGGAAUUCACGGAGGGUUGCGCGGCGGCUUGCAACGGCCCCUACGAUGGCAUGUGGUCCAAGACCAUGAUCGGAUACGGCCCCGAGGACGACCACUUCGUACUGGAGCUCACGUACAAUUACGGUGUCAAGUCGUACCAGCUGGGUAACGACUACGCGGGGAUCGCCAUUGCCAGCCAGCGAGUGUACGACAAUCUGGUGGCCAAGGGCCUGGGAACUCCGGUGCCGGCAGAAGGCGCCGCCACUGCUGGCACUGCUGCUGCCACUGCCACUGCUGCCCCGCCGCUGCGGGUGACCUCGCCCGACGGCUACCCCUUCCUGGUGCUUCCCGGGGGCCAGGAGGGGCGGGAGGGGCAGCAGCAGCAGCAGGGAGGGGGGUGCCCGGUGCAGGAGCUGCGGCUGCAUGUGACGGACCUGGAGACCUCACUGGCCUUCUGGUCGGGCUUCCUGGGCUUCUCAGCUCGGCGGGAAGGGCCCGAGGAGAGGCCGGAGGGCGACACCGCUCCUGCUCCUGCUCCUGCCGCUGUGUUGAGUUGCGCGCCGGGUCAGUGCGCGUUGCGGCUGGUGCAGCUGCCGGCGGGGCAGCGGCUGGAGCGGGGAACCGCCUACGGCCGGGUCGCCUUCGCCUGCCCCGGCGAGCAGCUGCAACCCCUGGAGGCAGCCGUACGGGCCGCGGGUUAUGUCGUACAUACACCGUACGUUUCCCUCGACACCCCCGGCAAAGCUACCGUACAAGUGGUGAUCUUGCAGGAUCCAGACGGGCACGAGAUCUGCUUUGUUGGGGAGGCCGGGUUUCGAGAUCUGUCACGUCGCGAUCCGGAGGCGUCUAGAUUGCUUGAAGAGGCGGUGCAGAGGGAUGAUAGCGCAGAGUGGUUUCGGAGGCGGGCGGAGAGGGAGGCGAGGAGGGACGCGGAGCGGGAGAGGGGUGAGGUGGGGAAAGAGGAAGCGGAGAAGGUGGCGGCUGUGUAGAGGGGUCGUCCUUUUGACUGAGAAGAAGCGUUGUGGAGGCGUUGCGCUUGUUGUCGGGGCUUACGUGGCUCAUUUGGGUCAUUUGUCACGUCGCGAUCCGGAGGCGUCUAGAUUGCUUGAAGAGGCGGUGCAGAGGGAUGAUAGCGCAGAGUGGUUUCGGAGGCGGGCGGAGAGGGAGGCGAGGAGGGACGCGGAGCGGGAGAGGGGUGAGGUGGGGAAAGAGGAAGCGGAGAAGGUGGCGGCUGUGUAGAGGGGUCGUCCUUUUGACUGAGAAGAAGCGUUGUGGAGGCGUUGCGCUUGUUGUCGGGGCUUACGUGGCUCAUUUGGGUCAUUUCGCAGCCAACAGUGCUGCCAUGACACUAGUGCGGUUGACCGUUGACUGUUGACGGUUGACAGUUGGUAGGUAUACCGGUAGUGCUGGUUGGUUGUUGUUGCGGUAGGCCGGUUGCAGCAAUGAUGACGUGACGGGGUUGUGGUCAGGAGAGUGAUAGAAGACAGAGAGUUUUGCGCUCUUCUUGCAAGGGAGCGGUGUGUGUUGCAAGAGAGAUAAGCGAGGUGGGAAGGGAGAGCGAAUGAGGGAGGGAGUAGCACAAGGGGCUCCGCGCUUCGUCACAGGCGGAGGCGGAGGUAGCACGGGCUAGACCAGCGCAGGUUGAAGUAGGCGCGGCGCAGGAGGCGGCGGAGGAAGCGGAGGAAGCAUAGGAGGUUGCGGGGGCGGUGAAGGCGGCCGCAUCUCCCACGUCAUGCAUCAUCAGCAACAGCGGCAAGGGUUGCGGAGAGGGAUUAGAUAAACUGAGCCGCGGAAACACUGACCCUGACCGUAGGUUACCGGAAAUGGCUUGAUGGUGUUCCAGACGUCGAAGGAUUGUAACCGGCUGCGUAAGGCGGCGGAGAGGA